AUGGCAACACUGAAUGCAGUUGGAGCAUGCCAGUCUGGAUUCUCUCUGCUUCUCAGCUCUCGUCUGUAUAGGACCUUUAUCAGACCAAAAUUUGAAUAUGGAUUGGCUAUUCUCCCUCUGAAAAGAACUGAUACUAUCCAGCUUGAGAAAAUCCAAGAUAAAUGUUUGUGCAUGAUUGUUGGUGGGCACCGAACCUCAUCUACAACUGUGCUCAAACAUAUAUGUCACCUUCCUAGUAUGAGUUUCUAUGCUGAUGUGCUGAUAAUAAAGGGCAAAGCUCUCAAACAUCACUUCGAAACCUUUCAACAGUUCAAAACUGAUCAGCUCCGAUUGUCUUCAAACCAAGUCUUGUUCCUAGCAUGCCGCCCUCUUUUGGAAGUCAAUCCUAUUCUGUUCUUGCCUGCAACUAAGGUGGAACGUAGCCGCCUUGUCCGCUGGAGAAUGGGUUGGUUGCCUGGCACUCCUAAGGAUUGCUCUUGUGGUACUGACCAUACCUCACGUCGUCAUCUUGCUGUCUGCUCUUUGGUUCCUGCCCAUUUGUUGGCCUGUCUUCCUAUUCCAUCUGAUCAAAACUGUAAUCAAAUUCAUGUUGCCAUUACUGCUCUCCCAAAUUCUAGUCAGGCUUCUUGCCCCUCUUAUUGGGUAGCACUGCUUACUAUUCUCUGGCAUUUUGACAAGCUUUGUAACCCUGAUAGUGACUACACUCAUGAAACUCACUUUGGUACUCUUUGGGCUGGACUUAGCUAG